GACAGCGCCGCGUGGAAUGUGGACAUCAAGUGGAACCUAAUUAGACGCAUGUUGUGUUGUGUACAAAAAGAAACGUCAAACUAAAGUCGAGCGCACCAAAACUAAACGGCCAAGAAAUACGCAAACCCACAGGAAACCGAAAAGGAUAAGGCACAGGAAAUACGAUUGCAUACCAGAGAGAGCGGCGGACCCGUAGCGAACCGCUCCCCCAAAAAGCGGCGGCCCCAAAAAAAAUCGCCCACAAGAGAAUCCACCAAAAACCCAUUUGCACACACACACACACUCACACAAACACACACGCGCAGCCAAGGAGCAAAAGAAGAAUUGCGCCAGAAGAAGCAGCAGCAUAAAGAAUCUAGUAGUGCAACCACCCGGAUCCACAGGUUCUCGUUCCAAAGGUUGGAGCAGCGCCACAGGAACAGCCAAGCAGUCAGCAGAAGAUCACCAGUAGCAGCUACCAGUCAGGAUCAUAAGUGCCAGGAUGAGCAUGGAGAAAGUAGCCAACAAGCAGUAUGAGUCGAAAAACUGGCCAGAUCUCGUCGACAGCGACGACAGCGAUGUGGAGAAUGAGAUAGACGUGGACAAGCUGCCGCCACUGGAGGUGGGUCCCGGCGAGAACCGGCUGCAGCACACAUACUGCCUCUGGUUCUCUCGCAAGGGGACGCAGCGGGCGGCCGCCGACUACAGCAAAUCGCUGCACGUGGUCGGCCGGUGCGCCAGCGUGCAGCAAUGGUGGUCGCUCUACUCGCACCUCAUCCGGCCCACUGCCCUGAAGCCCUACCGGGAGCUCAGCCUCUUCAAGCAGGGCAUCAAACCGAUGUGGGAGGACCCUGCGAACAGCAAGGGCGGCCAGUGGGUGAUACGGCUGCGCAAGAACAAGAUCGAGCGGGCCUGGGAGAACGUUUGUAUGGCGAUGCUCGGGGAGCAGUUCCUCGUCGGCGACGAGAUAUGCGGAAUCGUGCUACAAACGAAAUAUCCGGAGGAUAGCUUAUCAGUAUGGAACCGGACUGCCACUGAUAUGACCAGUACAACACGUAUCCGUGAUACGUUACGCAGGAUAUUAAAUAUACCUCUAACAACGGCAAUGGAGUAUAAGAUACACUGUGAUAGCCUUAAAUAUGUUUCAAUUAAUAAAGGCCCAUUGAAAAGCUGAAAUUCAGUGAAUAACUAUAAACAAAAGAAAAACAAAAACAAUAAUUACACAAACAGAUAAUAUAAGUCGCUAGUGAAAGCAGCAACAGUCACAAGUUCAUCGACAGCACAGACAGGA